CCCGAGUCCCGACCGGUGCGCGCGCAGGCGCACAGCCAGGACACGACCGAGCACGGAGCAACGUCGCCCUCCCCCAGUAGCGCAGCCCGGCCACGCCCUCAUCGCCCAUCCUGCCGGGCCGCGUCGCCGACUCGCCGCCAAUUACCAUUCGCCUCUGCAGACCCGACACGGCGCGCGGCUCCUCGCCGAUUUGUUCCCGGCGGCUCAUCAGAAAGGUGGGGUCUCUAGUUCCGAGAUCACUGGAGCACUCUCUCGGUUUUAAUCCGUAAUCGUGCUGCUUGGCGCCGAUUUCUCAUCUCCGCAGGCUGUCUCCUUGGGGGGAUCGAUUACUCGCGUGGCUCGCAGUUCGCACGAUACUCGGGGGUUCUGACUUGGUUCUAAACAGCAUCUGCAUCUUCUCGACCCCCCAGGCUUUGGAUCUGGCCUUCGUCUCAGUUCAGCGAGCCGCGAAGAACAGCCUUGAUUUGGUGCCCCAAGUGAUGUAGUGUGAGAGGCUAACUUCUUGAGAGCGCGAUGAGCAGCCAGGGAUUCGGUGCGGGGAGCCCCAAGUCCUUCCGCUACCCCAGAGGCGGCGACUUCGAUCUCGAGUCCGGGUCCCCACGCAAGGGCCGCAAGCCCAAGAACCCUCACCUCGAGACCUCGAUCGUCAUGAGGAUCCGCUACUUCUACGAGGCGCACCCCGUGGCCGUCGCCCUCAUCCUCCUCUCCUUCGGGCUCAGCGUGCUCAUCCUCCUCUCCGUGUACGAGACCCGGUUCAGGACGAUGAGGAGCGUCAGUGCGUGGUCCAGUGACGGUGGGGAUUAUCCAUUGCCAAUGCUCCGGAACCUUGUCAUGGUGGCUGGGCAUUCGAUCUAUACGAGCUCAAGAUGCGGGGAGACCGAGAGUGAGAAUUCCUGGUUCUUGGAGCCGUACCAGAAGCACGCUGGACAGGCGGCCACCUUCCUGGCUCACAUCAAGGAGGGGGUGGGGAUCGCGGCGAGGGAUGAGGGGGCACUCCUGUUGUUCAGCGGCGGGGAGACGAGGAGAGAUGCUGGCCCGAGGAGUGAGGCACAGAGCUACUGGGCUAUUGCCGAGUCGAAAGGAUGGUUCGGAAAUGAUGAGGGUGUAAGAAGCCGAGCACUCACCGAGGAGCAUGCACGAGAUAGUUUUGAAAACCUCCUAUUUAGUGUGUGCCGUUUCAGAGAGCUAACUGGAAGAUACCCACAGAACAUAACUGUUGUUAGCUACGAUUUCAAGGAGGAACGUUUUGCACAACUGCACAGAACCGCACUCGGAUUCCCGGAAGGAAGGUUCUUCUUCUCAGGUACACCAGCUACGCCUUCUGCAAGGGAGGCUGCUCUGAAAGGCGAAGCAGCUGUCCGAGCUCAGUUCCUUGAAGACCCGUAUGGAUGUCUAGGAUCUCUUCAUGUAAAGAGGCUGAAGCGGGACCCGUUCCACCGAACCAUUCCAUACCCUGCCGGUUGCCCAGAGCUGAAGGGUCUGUUCUCCUAUUGUGGCCCGGUGCCUUACUCUGGGCACCUCCCUUGGACUGAGUAGUAGUGUAAUGUACAUCAGCCUUGGAUGGAGCUCCCCACUGCCACUUCACGAUGUCCAGCAGCCUUGCACUGACCUUGUUCUGAAUUGAGGGAGAGUAUAUGUUACACUAUCAACAUAUGGAUUUUUAACCUUUUUGUUUCUUCUCGAUGACUUGGCUACUGUCUUUACUCACAAUUCAAACUUGUGAUUUUAUUUUUACACGUACUCCGCCUUAUUCUGUGGUGC